AUGGUGGCAAAUUCCAAUUGUACUGUUCAAGACUCCUUUAAAUAUACUUUAUAUGGCUGUGUGUUUAGUAUGGUAUUUGUCCUUGGUUUAAUAUCAAACUGUGUUGCUAUUUACAUCUUUACGUGCACACUAAAAAUCAGAAAUGAAACUACAACUUACAUGCUUAAUUUAGCAAUAUCAGAUCUCCUUUUUGUGUUUACAUUACCAUUCAGAAUUUACUCUUUUGCAUCAAAAGACUGGCCAUUUGGAGAUGUACUAUGCAAGAUUUCUGUCACACUGUUUUAUACAAACAUGUAUGGGAGCAUUUUGUUUUUAACCAGUAUCAGUGUUGACCGUUUUUUAGCAAUUGUAUAUCCAUUUUGGUCAAAGACAAUCAGAACAAAAAGAAAUGCAAAGAUCAUCUGCGUUAUAAUUUGGAUAAUUGUGACAACAGGAAGCAUACCAGCAAGCUUCUUUCAAUCCACCAAUGCUCGUGUUAGUACUGAAGGAUGGACACACAAUACAUGUUUUGAACACUUUUCUGAAAAAACUUGGAAAACCUACCUUUCAAGAAUUAUUAUUUUCAUUGAAACUGUAGGCUUUUUUAUUCCACUCAUACUGAAUGUGACAUGCUCUGCAAUAGUUAUAAGGACAUUAAAUAAGCCAAUUACACUGACCAGGAAUAAAUUAAGUAAAAAAAAAGUUCUACGAAUGAUACUUGUUCACUUACUGAUUUUCUGUUUCUGUUUUGUUCCUUAUAACAUCACCCUAAUAUUUUAUGCCCUCAUGAGAACCCAAGCAUGGAUUAAUUGUUCAAUCGUUACUGCUGUUAGAGUUAUGUAUCCAAUCACUCUUUGUAUUGCUGUUUCAAACUGUUGUUUUGACCCUAUAGUAUAUUAUUUUAUAUCAAGCAGUAUUCAAAAUUCAAUAAAAAUGAAAACUUCAUCAACUAGAAGACAGAGAUUUUCUGAUACUCAAGUUUCUGAUACUCAAGUUCGAUCCCAAGCAUUAAAAGCAAGAGUACUGGACACUGAAUCUACUAUAUAAAUGGUGUUGACAGAGUUAGAAAAUAGAAUGUUUAACUAUAAAUAUUCUUAUUUUUUCUACAAAUAUAAAUGGUUAUAUUGAAUUUAAAAGUUGUGAAUUUUUAAGCACUAUUUUUAAUUUGUAAUAUGCUGUUUCAUGAAAUUUAUAUUAUCAAAUUAGAAAAAUAUUUCAUCUGUGUGGAUUUAAAAGAAAAUCUUUUUAUUAUUCAAUAUCUUAGGAAAAGGAGGUG